CGGCCUGUUUCCGGGUCCUAAACUUGGCUACUUCUCUGCACAGGUUUGUUUCUCUGAACGUUACCGGAUCCAGACAGAACCAAAACCAGAACCUGCUCGCUAGAGCUCCUCCGAUAGAAGCCACGGAAACGGGCUGCUCGGAACAACAAGCCGUGGUUCUGGUGGUUUGGUUUGGUUUAAGGACCUGCGAGAGUUUUAGGAGUGAAUGAAGUCCGGAAUUAGUCGGUUCCGGGAGAAGAGCUACCAGGAAUUUGCUUUUUUAUUUAGCUGAAACCAGACGGACCCAGAAAGCCAUGAACGCCUCUGACAGCGAUGAAGACAUCUAUAAUGAGAGGACCGCGCUGGUCCAGUCAGAGAAUCCUCCGGUUCCGUUCUACAGACCGGACUCUGGCGCAGGUACGUCCGAGGACACGCCCACUAAUAAGGCGGGUGCUGGCAGAGCCCGUCCGGGCCUGGAUGGCGCCGGCCCAGAUCAUGAGGUGGAUGCUGAUGAAGAGGAGCUGCCUCUGAAGUAUGGAGCGAAGCACGUCAUCAUGCUGUUUGUCCCCGUCACUCUCUGCAUGGUGGUGGUGGUCGCCACCAUCAAGUCCGUUAACUUCUACGCUGAGAAGUCCAGCCAGCACCUGAUCUACACGCCGUUCACAGAGGACACCCCGGAUGUCGGCCGGAGGCUUCUCAACUCCGUCCUCAACACCAUCAUCAUGAUGAGUGUCAUUGUGGUCAUGACCAUCCUCCUGGUCAUCCUCUACAAGUACAGCUGCUACAAGUUUAUCCAUGGCUGGCUCAUCCUAUCCUCCCUCAUGCUGCUCUUCUGGUUCAGCUAUAUGUACCUGGGCGAGGUGUUUAAGACCUACAACGUGGCCAUGGACUACCCGACGGUGGCGAUGGUCAUCUGGAACUUUGGGGCUGUGGGGAUGAUCUGCAUCCACUGGAAGGGUCCGCUGCAGCUACAGCAGGCCUAUCUGAUCCUCAUCAGCGCACUAAUGGCCCUGGUCUUCAUCAAGUACCUCCCAGAGUGGUCGGCCUGGGUCAUCCUGGGAGCCAUCUCGGUCUACGACCUGGUAGCUGUCCUCAGCCCUAAAGGACCCCUCAGGAUGUUGGUGGAAACGGCUCAGGAGCGGAACGAGCCCAUUUUCCCUGCCCUCAUCUACUCCUCAGCCAUGAUGUGGACGGUGGGGAUGGCGAGCCCGACGGACCCUGAGCCCUCGGAAACAGAUGAGGAGGCGGAGCAGAACGGCAGGAGGGCGGAGUCUCGGAGCAGACAGCAAAGAACCGUUCCGGACGAUGAGCUGGAGGAAGACCGAGGCGUGAAGCUGGGCCUUGGAGACUUCAUCUUCUACAGCGUUCUGGUUGGUAAAGCAGCGGCAACGGGUGGAGACUGGAACACCACUAUUGCCUGCUUUGUGGCCAUUUUGAUCGGACUGUGCCUGACUCUGCUGCUCUUGGCGAUAUUUAAAAAAGCCCUGCCGGCGUUGCCCAUCUCCAUCACCUUCGGACUCAUCUUCUACUUCUCUACUGACUUCCUGGUUCAGCCCUUCAUGGACAACCUGGCCAACAACCAGUUCUACAUCUGAGAUGUGGCUCCGCCCACAUCACCUACCUCCUCACCUCUGUCCUUGUUAGAAGACCGUUGUCCUCCUGCUCUCUGUUGAUUUACGACUCAAACUCUUACUUUCUGUGCAGGUCUGUGAGCCACAGGAAGUGAUGCUAUAGUCGGAAGAAGCAGGUGUGGGUUUUGCUUGAUUUCCAGGUGUUUGUUGAUCGGAUCACCUGCUGAGUGUUCAAGCCAAGGGGAAUCCCAACAUAGUCCACUCAUUGUUGAUGAUGCAGUCAGCUUGCUGACUGAUUACAAACCAACUUUAUUAAGGAAACCAAAAAUGUAAUAAAAACGUUCAUCUAAACAGGAAGCUGUGAAGUGGGUGUUUCUAUGGUUACCUCACUCUACAUGACCACAGGGGAAGGAUGAGCUCCUAUCUCUCACCUGGUUUCUGUCAGGUCAGAGUUCAGGUCCUACUAGAUUACCCACAAUUCACAGCUGCACAAUCUAACGGUUGUUUUAAGCUUAGUGAUUGGACGCUGCAUCUUGAAAAGCUUUUUGAGGUUGUAGUCAAAUGAGUGACCCGCACUUGUAGUUCAAUUAUGGAACUGAUCCUGGAUCAGAUGUUUUAAUGGUUGAGCAAAUGAACUAAAGUCUCAGAUGUUUUAUUAGCUUUUGUUCAACAAAAGUUUUGUUAUUUAAUGUGUGUUACCAUAUAACUAUAGCUGAUUAUUUCUAAUGCAUGGCCCCUCUGGGACACCGUACAUGGGUGCAGGUUUUCAGCUGACUGGAUUUUGUGGAGCGUUUUUCAACUAAAGGACAGUUUUUAAUGAUUUAACUUUAACUUUGUUGGUUAUUAGACCGGUCCAGUCCAACUGGUUUUGGGUCAGGUAUUGUAUGAGAUAGAAAUUCUGCUGUAAAACUGUCUGCCUUCACAAUAAAAGCCCAGAACUGAGUUCCUCAAA